AUGCCGAUUACAGAGCAAGCAGACGCUGUUGCCGCUGAAGGCAUCGCUAGUUCCACGGAGCACGUGGAGCAAGUCACCUCUGUUGAACCGUGGGCUCUCCGACGGGACAGCAAUGCAAGCUGGGCGGCUAUUAGUAGUCCAAGGGGCCGCUCCAGCAUACGAGGCCCUAUAUGCAGCACCAUCGCAAGUGCGGGCUCACACAACCCGUUCAGCGAUGCAUUCGGCGCAAGCCUCGUCGCCAACAGUGUCCAUCGGCACCGGGACACAUCAGAAGCGUCAAGUUCAACGGCGGUGGGCUCGAGUGAAGCUGAGCGAGACGCCCAGGUUGUCAAUGGGAAGUCAGAGCUCACAAGGACCAUAGAAGAGGUGGACGGCCAGACGGAGGAAAUCCAGCGCAUUCUGGACGGGGACGCCAUUGCGGCGAGCAACGACGAGGCCGAGAGACGGAGGUACGCCGAGGCAAGAGCAGAGCGACCACCGCGGCGCGGGAGUCGAUGGUCGCGGCCUCUGGCAUCCCUUGCAGUUCUGCGGAGGCAACGGAGCACGCGGUCAUCAAUAGACACAGAGCGCCAGUAUGCCCACGGGCUCCAUCAACUGCAUGCCGACAACUGUCAGGCGUGCAGGCAGAACUCUUCAGUCGCAAUGGCAGGGAUAUAUAUGCUGGCCAUCACGACAGUCGUUGCCAUCCCGAGUCCGUUCAUCUUGAUCAAGGUGUUGCCGGACAAGUCGAGCCCGAGCUCCCAACUCAACCUGUACUUGGUGAUGGCGCUGCCGAGCGCGAUUUUCAACAGUCUGCUCAUGAUUGCUUGGGUGGUGCUGGCCGGGCUCAGAUGGCCCGCUUGGCGAGAGAAGAGCAGAGUCGGCUUCGUCAAGCAGUGGCUCGUCUCUUUGACCGUCGGACUUGGCCUCUAUUUCCUGGUGGCUGGGGUGCUCUAUGCAUUCUCGAAGUGA